AUGUCCUGGGGCGGCAAGCGGACGAAGGAGAAUAGCAGCAUCGCCGGCUCCGGCGGCACGACCUGCGACGCCCAGGCCUUCGAGUGGGAGGUCGAGCAUGCGUCCAUCUUCGUGCGCCUCGAGGCCUGGGAGCGGAGCCGCGUCGUGUCCCACCGGAAGCGCGGCGACAAGGUCUGGGGCAGCAAGGAGCGCGGCGGCGUCGUCGAGCUCGCGACGCCCUUCGACGGCUUCGUCAACCUCGGCGAGCCGCCGGGCUGCAUGAGGAUGACGGGCAACAAGAAGCCGCUCGUCGAGAUCCGCCAGCGCGAGCGGACGCGCGCCAAGGGCUGGGGCACGCCCCUGGGCUUCAAGGUCACCAAGGAGGAGCGGCGCGUCAUGCUCGGCGAGACCUGGCGCGCCGCCUACCACGGCGGCCCCGUCGUCGUCCGCGAGGCGCCGAGCCGCGCGUCGCGGCCGCUCGGCACGGUCAAGUUCAACGAGGCCGUCAAGGUGUCGCGCAAGCCCGACGCGUCGGCCCUCGCCGCCGCGCCGUCCACCGAAAAAUGGGUCCAGGUGCUCGGGCCCGUUCCGGGCUGGAUGCUGACGGAGGACUCGUCGCUCGGGACGCUGCUGCGCCGGGACCCCGUGCCCGACUUCCCCGUGGAGCUCGCGGUGCCGCGGCCCCGGGACCGGCGCAAGGAGGGCCUGCGCCCCCGCGCGGCGCCGCCCGUCGCCGGCGCCUGCAGCGCGACGAGCCGCGACGACUCCGAGGGCUGGUCCGACGCCGACUCCGUGGCGUCGCUCGACACGACGGCGUCGAACUGUACCAUCACGCCCAAGGAGGACCUGGACCUGGCGCCCGUCUGCUGGAUCAGCGCCCGGUCGAGCUGCACGCCGUCGGACGUGCGGAAACUCAUCUGCCUCGAGCUGCCCGUCGCGCCGGAGGCCGUUCAGAUCGAGCUCGAGCUCCUGGGGCGGAAGCUCCUCGCGCCCGAGGCCAUGACGCUCUGGGAGAUGGGCUUGUUGGGCAGCGACAAGGUGCUCUGGUCCCUCAACUGCGCGGGCACGGCGGACGACGACGACGACGAGGCCACGGGCGCCGCGGACCCCAUCGCGGCCGCGUUCGCGCGCAAGUACACGGUCCAGCCCAAGCACCCCAUCGGCACGGGCGCGCUCGGCCCGCCGCUGCGCAUCCGCGGCGACGCGUCCAUCAAGCGCGUCAUCGAGCAGCUCUGCGAGGCGAACCCGGGCCUCCGCGACGAGGGCGUCGUGCCCGUCGGGGCGGGAAAAGAGAGCGACAUGCCCAACGUGCCCGUGCGCUUCGACGCGGCCGUCGCGGACGCGCAGGCGAAGCGCCUCGUCGAGGAGCGCCUCGCCGAGGAGGAGAACGAGUGGACGCCCUGGGUCUACGACGCGGCGACGGGGAAGCGGCGGCGCAAGAAGAAGCGCAAGAAGAAGAAGGAGCAGCUCGAGCAGGAGGCCUACGACCGCAUCGGCAAGGGGUUCUCGGGCGAGACGACGUACGCGCGCGAGACCGUGCUCGAGGACGAGACCACGGCCUGGAGCGCGGGCCUGCGCGACGGCGGCGUCUUCGCCUUCAUCUACAUCGGCGACAUCCAGCACGACCUCGGCGUGGACCAGGAGGACGAGCUCGAGCAGGCCCUGGAGGAGAUGCUCCAGGAGGAGAAGCGCCAGGACGACGAGGCCGACGCGCACGCGGAGCAGUGGGCCGAGAAGCUGGGCCUCGUCGAGAAGAUGGCCGAGGUCCAGGCGAAGCUCAGCGACGCGGAGAUCUGGGCCGACGCGCAGCGCGCGCGCGCGGCCUACUGCGACGCGUCGCGCGCGGCCGCGGAGCGCGCGGUCGCGUCGGCGAAGCGCCUGCUGGCCAAGGACAACGCGGCGAAGCGCAUCGCCGAGGGCGAGCGCAAGAAGGCCAAGGAGGAGCGCGACGCGGCGAAGAGGGAGCUCGAGACCUACGAGGAGCAGGAGGAGCCGCGGAGCGCGUUCGACGAGUUCGCGCAGUUCUGGGCGACGCAGCAGGGCGACGCGGGCAACGCCGGGGAGCACGAGAAGGACUGGGCGACGCGCAUGGCCGAGAAGGGCCAGGUCGUGUCCCUCGAGGCGCCCGCGCGCGGGCCGACGAUGGACCCGUCGCAAGUCAAAAAGGACAAAGACGUGGACCUGUCCAAGUCCUACUGCGAGGACUUCAUGGCCUGGUGGCGCGAGAACCGCGCCGACGACGCGGGCAAGCGCGGCAACCUGACGGCGAAGCAGCGCACGAAGAUGGAGCUCCGGGAGCGCCAGUCCGCGUCGGAGGAGCUCAAGUCGCGCGGCGACGACCGCUACAAGAAGGGCGACUUCGAGCAGUGCGUCAUCGAGUACACGCGGUGCAUCGCCAUGUGCUCGCGGCCCGACGGCCACUUCGCGCUCAAGGUGCGGAACAACCGCGCCGCGGCGUACAAGCAGCUCGGCAACCACGCGGCCGUCGCCGAGGACUGCACGCUCGUGCUCCGCGCCUGGCCGGAGAACGUCAAGGCGCUCCUGCGGCGCGCGGAGGCCCUCGAGGCCUGCGAGGACUACGAGGGCGCCCUCGAGGACGUCGAGGCCGUUUUAAAGAUCCGCGCGACGACGCGCGGCGAGCACGAGGUCGGCGACAAGAACGCGGCCAAGUGCGUCCAGGACCGGAGCCGCCUGAAGCGGUCCGUCUACGAGCUCGAGCACGACGAGACGGGCGAGGGCAAGCGGCGCCUCGCCGCGCGGCGCCGCAAGGCCGAGGCCGCGAAGAGCGGCGCGAGCCGCAUCGAGACGUCCGCGCAGGCCGCGAUCCGCGCCAAGGCCGAGCAGGACGCCGCGGCCUUCGCCGUGGACUUCGAGGACACGCGCUGCGUCGUGCGCGGCUGCGGCGCGCCGCGGAACCAGCCCACGAAGAACCGGCGGUUCAUGUGGGCGGACCCGUACCACGAGAAGCAGUUCGAGCACAAGGCGACGCUCAUCUGGCUCGCGGGGCCCGACAUGGAGCUCGACGACCUGCGGGAGCACGCGGAGAUCUUCGAGUCGAAGACGCGGCGCGAGUUCCCCGAGCUCAAGGUCAUCGUCGCUUCCCCGCCGCCGGGCCGGCGGCUCACGCCGUCGCCGCUCCACUGGUUCGAGCUGUCCAGCGACGAGUGGGGCGCGCGCUACCUCAAGCCCAACGGCCACCACAACUGGGACUGCCCGCCGACGGAGGAGGAGAUCGCGGCCAUGCUCAAGAUCCCCUUCUGGAAGCGGCGGCCGCCGCUCCGGCCGCCCGUCGCGUGCACGGGCCUCUUCGAGAAGGCCGAGGAGACGCGGCGGGACCGGCUGCUGCGGGCCCAGGUCGACGAGGCCUGCGCCUGGGUGAGCCGCCUCGUGGACCGCGAGCUGCGCCUCGUCCGCGGCGGCUACAUCGCGCUCGGCGGCUGGGACGAGGGCGCGGUCGUCGCGCAGCACGUCGCGCUCUGCCGGCGCUUCGAGAAGGGGCCCCUGGGGUCCCUCGUGCCCCUCAACGGCCCGACGCCGCUGCUCUACCACCUCAUCGACUGCCUCGACGGUGGCGCGCUCGCGCAGACGAACAUGUGGACGAUCAACGGCAGCCACCACGACAUCUUCCCCCGGGACGUCUACGGCAUGCACGAGAAGUGCCUCAAGCCCCACGUCAAGACCUUCAGCUCGCAGAUCGUGCCCUACGGCCACCUCGAGAUCGCGGACGCGGAUUUCGGCUACGUCGUCACGAUCCUUUCCAUGACCAUCGGCCCCUACAAGCACAAGGACCUCAUGCAGUCGGACCAGCUCGAGAAGAUCUCGAAGCGCGCCAAGGCCAAGGAGAAGGCCGAGGACAGCGACUACGAGUCCGAGGAGGAGAAGGACACGAUGGCCGAGCUCCGCAAGUCUGGCGCGAUCCAGCCGGGCUCCUACGGCGGCGGCGGCGGCGGCGGCGGCGGCUACGCCAACGCCGACAAGAUGGACUACGUCAAGAAGGACAAGAACGGCAACGUGCGCAAGCACUCGAAGCGUUGCAUGUGCGACAAGUGCCAGGCCGAGAAGAAGGCGAAGCAGGACAAGGUCGACAAGGAGGCCCGCAAGGCCGCGCGCGAGGCCAAGGCCCAGAAGAACGCCGUCAUCCGCGCCAAGAAUCAGCUCACGGUCAUGGUCCGCAACGCCGUCAUCGCCUGCAAGGCCGCCAAGGCCGCGGCCGUCGACGCCGCCGAGGCCGCGGAGAACCGCGCGGAGCAGGCGCGCCACCUCGGCGACAAGCAGCCGCCGGCGCCGCUCUGGCCGCAGGGGCAGCCGCCGCCGGCCGCCGCGCCGCCCCCGGCGCCGGCGCCGCGGUCGAGCGCGGACCCGCGGUCGCGGACGCCGCGCGCCGCGGACCCGCGCGCGGCGCCCGCGGCCGCGCCCGCCGCGCCCGCCGCGCCCGCGAUGCCCCCGGCGGACGCGCGCCGCGACGUCGGCGGCUGGGACGGCACGGGCGCGCCGCCGCGGCCCCACGCGCCGCCGCCGUCGCCGCCGCGCGCCGCCGCGGCCGCGCCGCCCGCGGCCGCGCCGUCGCCCGCGGCCGCCGCGACGCUGCCCGACGGGCCCCGCGACGAGGAGCACGAGAAGGGCCACCGGGCGAAGAUCCGCGAGGCCCAGAACGCCGGCACGGAGGCCUACCAGAGGAAGGACCUCGAGGCGGCGCGGGGCCACUUCGAGGAGGCGCUCCGCCUCGUCGCCGCGCUCAACGACGCCGCGCGGCCGUCGAAGACCGAGCCCCCGAGCCGCGUGCUCGCCGAGCGCGACGCCGUCAAGGUCAAGCUCCUCAAGUUCCUCUCGAAGGCGUACGAGAAGAUGGACGACAAAAAACGCGCGCGCGAGAUCUUCGCCGAGAGCCGGACCAUCGAGAAGCGGCUCCUCGACUACGAGAAGCGCAAGCGCGAGGCCAACAAGUGA